AUGAACACAAGUUGUUUUGGAGGAUUCAAGUGUCUGAACCCGAGGGCGGGUUCCAAAGUAAUAGGUAGAGUGCAAGUUGUAACUAGAUGGGAUGCGUUGGGUGUGGUUUGUGGCUGGCAGCUGGCGGGCCGCCAACCGAGCUUCUUCGCUGAACCCGGACCGCACAUUUUUCCGGUGCCGGGCUUUGUAGUGUCCAUUGGCGCCAAUUGCUCGGCCAUCAUCAUGGAAGGCAUUCUUUGUGAAACACCGAGGCAAAAUUAUUCCACGACGCACCUCUCUGAACCGACCCGGCGUUCGAAUCUGUGCCGCGACUGCGUCGUCGGCCUCUGCGCCAAACCAGUCACUAUGGGUGCCUGUCAUUCAUGUCUUGGGCAGCGGGACAAGGACACCUACGACGAGCAGGAGGAGAAUAGAUUAUUAUACGACGACGACAAUGCCAUGCAAUACGGUAGCUUCGCGGAAGGCCACGGCGGUGACGACUCGGUCGAGGCUCAACGCGAGAAUGAGGCUCUGCAGCAAGUAAGGAUGCGUGAAGAACUGGCACUGUUUAGGGAGAUAGUUAUGGGCCUGGAUGGACCUGAGCAAUGGCUCGAAACUAACAUGGUUGAUAUUUUCGAGAUUGCGCCGCAACAGCCCAACGGCGGGCAGUCGACCGGAUUCGGCUACGCUGGACAAGGCGCGCGAGUUGCACGUUACCAACACCUUGUAUCAAAACUAUCAUCAGAAGAUGUCGACCAGGCAGCCGGCAUCAAAAUCGACUGGUACACCGAAGACGACUCGCAAAACGAACGGCCCAUGAGCCUGAAGACGUUGGAUCAUGACGACGGUGCGCUUGUCGGAACCUUUGCCGAUGCAGCCGCGGCAAUGAAGCGAUUCGGCAUUUCUUCACCGCAACAUCAUUUGCUACUUCAACUGCCGGACACCCCUGUUUCUUACGAAGCGGGCGACGGCUCGCACCGCUCAUUAGUCGCACAAGUGGAAUGGGGCCGCUCUAUGGUUCGGACAAGGGGUGGACGGAGCCUCCCGCGCAUCAACCAACCCCUCGGGCAGCAUACCAGACAACCAGGACCAAAUUGUCGGGAUCGAGCCAGAUUGGUGCCAGGUUGUCGGGACCGGACGCCGGUCGAGGUCAGCUCUGGAUCACCGACCGAGAUGAGAAGCGCUCCCGCAUCUGGGACAAGGGCUUGGCGUGUCAGUUCUUCCCGCCUGGCCCCCGUCCCGCCGUUCUACGCCAUCCCGUCAGCGGGGCAGCCCUUGUCCACCAAAGUCAACUCGUGGUGGCCUCCGUCUUUGGGCAGCACUGCCGCAGCAGUCAUGCCACCAGUCGCCGAGGCGAAGCUUGACCAAGGACCUCUGGAACAUCAUUCUCCACCAUGCGAACGAGCGGGUAGGGCAGCAGGGCGCGUCUUGGAUGAAUCACGGGGCGUCGAGCCGACGCACUGGGCUCUCAGUCACCGGAACGGCGAGCGCGGUAACCUGUGCGCAUUCAGCUCCCCAUCACGGUGGUAUUACGGCGACCUUUUCAGGCAGGACAAGCGAGCAGGUCAGGCCCAUGGGGGCUCGCUUGCGCAUUCCAAUGCUCGAAGCGGACAGUAG